CCGCACGUUACCCCUAACAUGCACUAAUGCAAAAUCCUGAAUGCACAAAACAGCGUGCACCACGAGGUCACAUUAAACUAUUCAAGUAUAAGAUUUUGCCGCUUGCCCAAUAACACCACUUUACGUCUACUUCCUUCAUUUAGUGUUGACUCUUAUCAAUGGAAUAUAGUGGGAAAUGAGAAUCCUCACUAGUAGUAAGACUAAUAAUUAGUAAACUUGUUUAUACACUUUCCCAUUUCAUUUCAUUAUUUAUCUAUCAAUUUCAUGUUCCAAGAAUUUUAUGAUGGGUAAGCUUUUAGGAAGUGAUUUUAUGUAUGUUUUGGCUAAAUGGUUGUAUAAUUUCAAGAUUUCUUCAGAUUCUGAUUGGGUUACAACUCUUAAAUGUUCUUCAAAUGAUCAUAUUAUUGAGCCUUCUGAUAAUUUCAUGCAAGUUUUUCAAUGGGUUAGAUUCAUAUUCCUAUCUCCUUGUCCUCAAAGACUUGUUUUUUCCUCCAUUAAUCUCUUUUUUCUAUUUAUCCUUACCUUGUUUCUUCUUCAUAGGCUUAUUUCCAAGUUCUUUUACUCUAGAAGUAAUACUACCUCUUCUUCAAUCAAUAAACCUCUUUUGGAAAAUCAAACUGAUAAAAUUCUACAUGUUAAGAUCAGUUUAUGGUUUAGAUUUACCUUGAUUUCAUCUGUUUUACUUUCUGUUUUGUAUCUGGUAUUGGGUAUAUUACUAUUUAUGGAAAGCAAAUCAGGAAUCCCAACUUCAUGGAAACAAACAGAAUUUGUGUUUAGGAUUGCACAAGCUGUAACCCAAAUGGCAAUUUUAGUCCUUGUUGUUCAUGAACAAAGAUUUAAUGCUAUUUCUCAUCCUAUGUCUCUUAGAGUUUAUUGGGUUGCCCAAUUUCUGCUAGUUUUUUGUUUUAGUAUUUCAUCUAUAACCCGAUUCGUUUCGGUUCAUAAGGAAAUGGAUUCAUAUUUAAGAAUGGAUGAUGUGUUCACUUUGAUUAGUUUUCCCAUCUCAUUUUUUCUCCUCUUAGUUGCAUCUCAACAAUCUUCUGGGAUAAUUGUGAUUAGAGAGACUGAACAUGGGUUAGAUUCAAGAACAGAUGAAUCUAUUGUGAAUGAUCCUAAUAUUAGUGAUUAUGGAAAGGCAAACUUGUUUUCUAAGAUUACUUGGCUUUGGAUGAACCCUGUUAUAAAUAAAGGAUAUAAGAACCCACUUAAGUUUGAUGAUGUACCUUCACUUCCUCUUGAUCAUUCCGCCCAAAGGAUGUCGGAGUUGUUCGAGUCACAUUGGCCUAAACCCGGUGAGCAUACGAAACACCCGGUAGCCGUAACCUUGUUCAAAUGUUUUUGGAAGAGUAUUGCCUUUACUGGGUUACUGGCAGUGAUAAAACUUGGGGUGAUGUAUGUUGGUCCAGUACUAAUCCAAAGCUUUGUUAGUUUUACUUCUGGAAUGGGGAGUUCCCCUUAUGAAGGGUAUUAUCUAGUUUUCACCCUUUUAUUAGCUAAAACAAUAGAAGUCUUAAGUACCCAUCAGUUCAAUUUCCAUACUCAAAGAAUUGGGAUACAGAUCAGGUCUACCCUUAUAACUGCACUCUAUAGAAAAGGAUUGAAACUAUCGUGCACGUCGAGGCAGAAUCAUGGAGUAGGUCAAAUUGUGAACUAUAUGGCAGUUGAUGCUCAGCAGUUAGGUGAUCUAAUGAAUCAGUUGCAUUCCAUUUGGCUUAUGCCUUUGCAGCUUUUUGCUGCACUAGCCUUGCUCUACUUUUACAUGGGUGUAGCAACAUUCGCAGCCUUUGCGGGAGUUAUUGCUAUCUUAGGUUUCGUGCUAUAUCGUACUAAGAAGUGCAAUGUCUUUCAGUAUCAAGUCAUGAGGAAUCGAGACUCGAGGCUUAAAGCGAUGAAUGAAAUGAUAAAUAAUAUGAGGGUCAUUAAAUUUCAAGCAUGGGAAGACUAUUUUUCGACUAGAAUCCAAUCGUGUCGAAGACUUGAGUAUAAGUGGUUGUCUAAGUUUGCGUAUACUGUUUCGGCUAAUAUGAGUCUUCUUUUUAGCACUCCUAUGAUUCUGUCUGUGAUCGUGUUUGGAUUCGCUAUUUGGAUGGGCAGUGUUCUUGAUGCAGCCACUGUAUUCACAGUUACUACUGUGAUGAAAAUUCUGCAGGAGCCAGUCAGGAGUUUUCCUCAGUCUUUGAUACAGAUUUCUCAGGCAAUGAUUUCACUUGGAAGAUUGGAUAGUUAUAUGAUGAGCCCGGAAUUGGAUGAAGGGGCUGUCGAAAGAUCAGAAGUGUGUCACGAUGAAAUUGCGGUGGAAGUGAAACAUGGGAGAUUUUCUUGGGAGGAUGAGGCAAAAGAAGAAACAUUGAAAGGAUUAAAUCUUCGAGUCAAGAAAGGAGAAUUGGCUGCCAUUGUCGGGACUGUUGGGUCUGGGAAAUCCUCGUUAUUAGCCGCUAUCUUGGGUGAAAUGCACAAAAUAUCUGGAUCGGUUAGAGUGUGUGGUUCAACAGCAUAUGUGGCACAAACAUCAUGGAUACAAAAUGCAACAAUUCAAGAAAAUAUUCUAUUUGGCAAGCCUAUGAAUAAAGAGAAAUACAAGGAAGUUCUUAGAGUUUGUAGCUUAGAAAAAGACUUGGAAAUCAUGGAAUUCGGAGACCAAACUGAGAUAGGAGAGCGCGGUAUCAACCUGAGUGGCGGCCAGAAGCAAAGAGUCCAGCUUGCCAGAGCUAUUUAUCAGGAUUCUGAUGUAUAUCUUCUCGAUGAUAUUUUCAGUGCUGUUGAUGCGCAUACUGGCUCAGAAAUAUUCAAGGAGUGUGUAAGGGGAGCCAUCAAAGAUAAAACUAUUCUUCUUGUAACCCAUCAAGUUGACUUCUUACACAAUGCUGAUCAUAUAUUUGUGAUGCGAGAUGGAAUGGUAGUGCAAUCUGGAAAAUACAAUGAGCUUCUAGAAGAAGGCUUAGAUUUUGCUGCUCUUGUGGCAGCAUACGAAAGUUCCAUGGACCUUGUAGAAAUGAGUUCUCACCCAACUGAGGAGAACUCGGAAGAAACAUCCAAGUCUCCGCUAAGUGAAACCAAAUCUCUUGAAAGAGUCAAGUCCGAGAAGAAAGAACACGACAAAUCCAACUCUGAAAAGGGUAAAUCCAAUCUCAUUGAAGAAGAGGAGCGGGAAACUGGUCGUGUUAGCCUAGACGUGUACAAGAAAUACUCUACCGAAGCUUAUGGAUGGUGGGGAGUAGCUGCAGUAGUGCUAGUAUCUCUAUCCUGGGUUGCUUCAUUAAUGGGUAGUGAUUAUUGGCUUGCAUAUGAGACUUCUGAAGAACACACUUUCACUCCUGUCUUGUUGAUUUCUGUCUAUGCAAUUGUUGGAUCAAUAGCCUGUCUUUUUGUGACCGCACGAGCCUUGCUUAUAACAUUUCUGGGACUUAAAACUGCGCAGAGUUUCUUCAACCAGAUUCUUGACAGUAUCCUACAUGCUCCCAUGUCGUUUUUCGAUACUACUCCUUCCGGAAGAAUUUUGAAUCGGGCAUCAACAGAUCAAACCAAUGUUGAUCUCUCAAUUCCAUUAUUCUUAGGCAUGACGAUUGUAAUGUAUUUCAAUCUAGUGAGUGUUGUUGUCGUUACAUGCGUAUACGCCUGGCCUACAUUUUUGCUCAUAGUUCCCUUAGUGUGGGUGAAUCUUUGGUAUCGGGCAUACUACCUAGCUAACUCACGAGAGCUAACCCGUUUAGGUUCCAUCACAAAAUCACCUGUCAUCCAUCACUUUUCAGAAACCGUUUCUGGUGUAAUGACAAUUCGAUCAUUCAGGAGGCAAACCAAAUUCUGCAAACAGAACAUUGACAAGGUUAACACGAACCUUAAGAUGGAUUUCUACACUUACGGAGCAAACGAGUGGUUAGGUUUCCGUUUAGAGUUCAUUGGAAGUGUAGUCCUUUGUUUUGCCGCAUUGUUCAUGAUUAUUUUGCCGAGCAGUAUUAUCAAGCCAGAGUAUGUGGGUCUGUCUCUUUCCUAUGGGCUUACACUCAAUGUUGUGAUGUUUUGGACUGUAUAUAUGACUUGCUUUGUUGAGAAUAAGAUGGUCUCGGUUGAAAGGAUUAAACAGUUUAUUAGAAUCCCAUCUGAAGCACCAUGGAAGAUCAAAGAGUGUACCCCUUUACCAAACUGGCCAAUUCAUGGAAACAUUGAAAUAAAGGAUUUGCAAGUGAGGUACCGGUCAAACACGCCACUCGUCCUAAAAGGCCUCUCACUUAGCAUACGAGGAGGUGAGAAAAUUGGGGUUGUUGGUCGCACUGGUAGUGGGAAGUCUACCCUUAUUCAAGUAUUCUUCAGGCUUGUAGAGCCUUGUGGAGGGAAGAUUAUAAUUGAUGGUGUUGAUAUUUGCAAAAUGGGACUUCAUGAUCUGAGGUCUCGCUUCGGGAUCAUUCCACAAGAGCCAGUACUUUUUCAAGGAACCGUGAGAACCAAUGUGGAUCCUCUCGGUCUUUAUUCCGAGGAGGAGAUAUGGAAGAGUCUGGAACGUUGCCAGCUGAAGGAAGUUGUUGUUGCAAAGCCCGAAAAGCUCGAUGCACCAGUGGUGGACGGAGGAGAAAAUUGGAGCGUUGGUCAGAGACAACUGAUGUGCUUAGGGAGAGUGAUGCUAAAGAAAAGCCGAAUCUUGUUCAUGGAUGAAGCAACAGCUUCUGUUGAUUCGCAAACAGAUGCUACGAUUCAGAAGAUCAUACGAGAGGACUUUAAAAGCUGUACUAUUAUCACCAUCGCUCACAGAAUACCGACUGUUAUGGACUGUGACAGAGUGUUAGUUAUUGACGCAGGAUGGGCAAAGGAGUUCGAUAAACCAUCUCGACUCCUAGAGAGAAACUCCCUUUUUGGAGCAUUGGUUCAAGAAUACUCGAAUAGAUCGUCUGAACUAUAAAUAAGCAGUUUUUGCCAGAAAAAGGAUUGCACGUAUCUCGACACAUCCGAUGAUCUUCCUAGAUUCUACUUAUUGCGUUAGAGUAGCAAAUUUUGGUUAGUUAUGCAUUAGAAGAUGAAAGCAGAUUGACUUGAUGGAAGAUUGAGUUUAUGGAGGUUGAGUUUCGAUUUUAUGGAUGGUGAAUUUGUUUGCAUUUUAUAUACUCUCUAGUCUUUCAACUCUUUAUUCCAAAAUCCAAAUAUUGAAUAUAGUAAAAUAAUUGGAAAAUUGACAAUACUUCCAAACUAUGAUCAUUCUACCCACAAGAAAAUGUAUGGAGAAGGUGCCUCCCAAAAGAUGAGAUCACUUGGAGUUGAGCAAAAGAUGGGAGUGAAUUGAGUAGAAUGUAAUAGUUUGUGAAUUGUGAUGGAUAUUUAUGUGUUUGAAUUUAGAAUAUUUCUAGUUAUUUUCGAAGUUUAAGAAUGUAUAUAAAGAGCGUUUGCACCGACAAUGGGGUGUUUGGUA